AUGACUAAAGUGAGCGUGUUCUUUAUAACUACAGCAAUAUGCGUAGCGCUUGGAGCAGCACAUGGAUAUCCAGGUUUCCUGGACCACCCACCUCCACCACCGCCGCCACCUCCCCCAUUCCCCUUCUUUCAUACAAAUAAUUGGAGCGGAAUAGCAAAGUCCUCUGAUGGCCGUGCUCAAGGAGUGUUUAGUGGAGCAUCUGCCUCAGCUAAUUCGGGACAAAAUACUGGAGAAGCCCUAUCAUUAGCAUCAUCUAUCGCACCUGGUGGACAAGCAGAGGGAUGUGAUGAAGGCGAAUCAAGUCAAUACAAUGUCCCCGCCGGUGGUGCUUUUGGUGGAUCUGAAGGAUCCAUUAGCGGUAAUAGAGGUUCCACUGGUGGUCAAUCUGGAGGGGGUUUUGGAGAAUUCUCUUCGUUUAAAAAGUUUAAAGAAUCCCACUUUAGUUUCAAAGCUGGUGGUGAAAAACAGUUUGGUGGACAAGAAGGAAGCCAGGGCCAAUCAAGUGGUUUUGGUGCUUCUGGUGCUGGAAAUAAUGGUGUUCAGUCACAAGGACAGGGUGGUUUUAGUAGUUCUCAUUCUGAAAGUUCUUCAUUUGGGCAAGGUCAACAGGCUGGUCGCGGAUCUGAAGAUAAACUCGACCAACAAAACCAACAGGGUGGUGGAUUUGAUAAACAAAGCGGCCAGGGUGGCUUUAAUCAACAUUAUGAACAAGCACAGCAAACACAGCAAAGCAACGAAUUAGGACAGAGUUCUGGGGCCGGUAAACUAAGUCAAGCUGGUGGAUUUGGGCAAAAUCAAGGUGGUGCUGGAUUUUCAGGAUCGUCUGCUAGCAGCCAAGCCUCUUCUAAUUCUGAAAAUGGUUUUGGACUAUCGGGGCAACAGGAGCAAUCUGGCUCCGGUUCUACUUUCGGUGGUCAAGGUGGUUACGGCUUCGGUUUUGGCCAUGGUCACGGUUCUCAGAGUGGUAAUUUAGAACAGCAAACACAACAAAGUAGUAGUUUUGGACAGCAAAGUCAACAGGCUUCUGGACCCGGAAACCAAGGCAGCGGAAAUGGCGGUGCUAUAGCUGGCUCAAGUGCCAGCAGCCAAGCCUCUUCUAAUUCUCAAAGUGGUUUUGGGCUAUCCGGGAAACAGCAACAAUCUGGCGCCGGUUCCGGUUUCGGUGGUCAAGGAGGUUAUGGAUUCGGUUUUGGCCAUGAUCAUGGAUCCCAGAGUGGCAAUUUCGAACAGCAGACACAACAAAGUAGUGGACUUGGACAACAACGCCAACAGGUUUCUGGACUGGGAAACCAAGAUAGCGGAAACGGAGGUGCUUUAGCUGGCUCCAAUGCUAACAGCCAAGCCUCAGCACAAGGCAGCUUCGGAGCAUCAGGUCAACAGCAAUCUGGAUCUCACCAAGCCUCAGCACAAGGCAGCUUCGGAGCAUCAGGUCAACAGCAAUCUGGAUCUCAGUUUGGCGGUCAAGGAGGAUUUGGUUAUGGCUAUGGUCGCGGCAUUAAUCACGGCUACGGAAGCGGCAAUGGUUUUGGUAGCUCCAAAUAUCAAGCAGCUGGUUAUGAACAAACGGGUGUAGUUAGUGGAUCUCAGGGUGGAACUAGCUCAGGUAACAAGGACGCGUCCGGAUCACUGAGUGGAGCUUUGAAUCUCGCUUCACAGGGUUUGGAGUCAGCGCAGAACGCUGGAUGCAGUACAUGUGGGGGUAAAGGCGGUUAUGCCCUAAGUAAUGCUAGAAGCCACAGCGGUAACGCAGUCGCUGUUUCUAUUGGAGGUUAAAUCAAUUUUGACUCGUUGUGCUAUGCUGUAUAUUUAUGACAAUAAAUCGAUAG